AUGGAUGUAGAUAGAUAUUUUUAUGGUCGUUGUACUCCUAAAGAAUGGACUGAAUAUUGCUGGAUGCCACAAGUUCGUACUGAUGAAACUCCUGGAGAUUGGAAAUCGCGAAUUUGGGCCCGCUUGAUGUAUUUUAGAAAAAAUGAUCUUUUUCCGGGUGAAAGCAAAAAUUAUCUAGAAGCUAGAAUAUCGAAAAUAUUAUCAGAUGGAUCUUCGUAUGCUCCUACAAUAGGAAUAGCAAUCUGUUUCUCUUGUAACCAGCUAGUAUAUACCGGUCCAAGAACUAGUAAUAUUGGAAAUUAUGAUCAUGUAGGUAUGGAGAAACAUUGGAAAUUCUCUUGUUCCGGAAAUGAAUUCUGCAAUGUAAAUUAUGAAGAAUAUACAAAAAUUAAACAAAAACCUAAAUCUGCUCCUUAUAAUUUUGAAGAUAACUAUGCAUUUCAUCGUUAUGGAUUGUGGAUGGAAAAUGCAACUAGAAGACUUAAAUGUGCAAGGGAGGUUGGAAGAAAGAUUCGCGCUAUAAAUAUCAUAAAAGAAAAAUGGAUUGAAUAUAUGUACCAUCCCGACGGUUUAACGGCUAAAGAACUAGCUGAACAUUAUAAACUCUUACAGUCUGUUAGAGAAGAAAUGCGUCAGUAUUCAGAUUUAAUCGAGAAACUACCACCCUCACUAGUGCACGAGGCUUGGAAACGUCUUAUUUUCAGAAAGCGGGAUCCAAUACCAGAAGAAGAGGCUAGUGUUGUAAAUCCAUUAAUAGAAGCAUUUUUAAGACAUGAAGUUAAUAGGUACCAGAAAAAAAUAAAAUUCCAGCGACGAAGUUGGCCACUAUUUGAAAAUAUAUCAAACAAUUAUAAAAAAAGCAUGGAUAAAGAAACGCAAACUUUAGAUAUUAUUCCGAUUUGUAAUCAUGAAGAGGAUAUUAAAAAUCAGGUUAAUAAAGAAGUUGAAAUUUUAUGUCGGCAAAUACUUAAAUACAAUCAAGAUAUAUUUGGAAAUUUUAUGCAGAAAUUGGAUAAGGAAUACGAAGAGCGGAUCAAUACAAAUAAGAAAUUACGCUCCGAAAUCGAAGAAAAAAAAUUAGAAUUAGAUGAAGCGGAAAAAACUCUCGCGUCUAUGAAGGCGGAUGCUACUCAUUGA